CGUGGGUCGGGUCGCUUUGUUCAAAUUUAAACAUUUUCCAUUCGUUUUGGACGAAUAAUAGUUGCGUAUACGCCGUGUAGUUUGCGUUACAGUGGGAAGUGCAUAGUGUGAAUGCGCACAAAAUUUUGAAAAUUGGAAAAGUUUUGGAGUGCCUGGGUAUCUAAGAAAAGAAAAAAAUUUUAUAAGAAAAGCGGAGUCUUAGACAUUUUUGGAAAAAAAUUUUAAUAAAUUUUUAAUAAACUCGUACGAGUAAUUGAGAAAAGAGAGCAAUCUUACUUGAAUUAAAACGCGAGUUGUGCAUUAAAUCGUAUUUCUUUGAAAAUCGUAUUAAUAUGUUGAAGAUAUUAAAUUACUUUGGACUUUCACUGUUGCUGUUCAGCGCGGGCACUUGGGCACAAAGCGGUUACAAUUAUGCGCGUCCCGAGAUCUCUAAUGUUGCCGGUGGCACCACUGGCAGCUCAAACGCCUUGCGUCCAUUAGUUCCUCUCGGUAGCAAUGCCAUUACUGCGCCUACAAACGCCGCAGUCGGCUAUGCCUCAACCGCUGGCAGCGCUUAUGGCGGCACAGUAGGCGCCGCUGCAUCUCCAUUUGGUGGCUUCGGCGCACAGCCUACAGCACUCGGCGCAACCGGCCCAACCGGCUAUAGCGGCAACACGGGCGCCUCUACACUACCAGUGGGCACAGGAUUUAACGCAGCAAAGCGUCCCAUUUUAGGCGCUCAGCAGCGCGGUGGCAGCGCACAAUUUGGCGGCGGUCUGUCGAAUCUAGCUGGCGGUCAGUCAGCCUACAGCAACGCAGCGCGCACUUCUGGACUCAAUGACGUGGACUAUAGUGGCGACGGUGACUACUCUGCCAUACCGGGCGUGCCGGCUGUCGAUUAUCCAGUGUAUGCGCAAGUGCCGCAAACGAAUUUCGAUUGUACGCAGCAACUGCCCGGCUAUUAUUCGGACGUUGAGGCGCAGUGUCAGGUCUUUCACAUUUGCGCGCUCAAUCGCACUUACUCAUUUCUCUGUCCGAAUGGCACCAUCUUUAGCCAGGAAACACUCGUUUGCGUGUGGUGGAAUCAAUUUGAAUGCGGCACCGCGCCUGCGCUUUACGGCAACAACGCCUACAUCUACGAUUAUGGCAAUGAACAACGCAACACCGCUGGCGCAUACAGCAAUGCGGGAGCCACAGCUCAAUUGGGUGCGCGUCAACCGGCAAAUUAUCCAGGCGCCGCUAGUGGCAGUGGCUUGCGCGCUACAAGCGCUACGCUGCCAGCAGGCGGCGGUGGCAUUUUUGGCGCGAGCAAUUUACGUUCAACCGCUUACGGUGCUGUGCCCAGCACAGUAACACCAGUGCCAUCGACCGCGGGCUAUAAUGCAGGCGCUGCCGUCAGUGCUGGUCGCUUCUCAGCCGCUGCACCUACCGGCGCUCAAGCCUUUAACAAUGCUGUUGCACCAAUUUCAUCUACCCAGGCUAGUUAUGGAUCCGGUGUUGGUGUUGGUGUCGGUGUAACCGGCGGCGCAGGUGUGCCUGCUGGCGCGGCCAAUUCCGGCGUGAAUAGCAAUCGUGAAUAUCUACCACCAUCGCAGCAGCAACGUCGGCCCUAA